CUUUCCUUUUUUGCUUUGCCGUUACGCAAUUCUCCCUCUUUCAUUCUCCCCUUCCUGCAGAAGAAAAAUCUGAUAAUUUCAAAUUUCCAAAAACCCUAAUUCCACUUCUAUUCAAUUCCGAUUUUUUUUCAGUUCGUCCAAUAUUCAUCUGAUUCUGAAUUAAUCGCAGUAGUAAUCCAGAAAUUGAGGUCUAUAAUGCAAGAUGGAAAGACCAAUCCCACCGAAACGACACCGUUGACGGCUCAGAAUGGUACUAUGAGAAAUGAUGGGGUCUUUCCUCAGCUGCUUACCUCAGUACCAGCUCUCAAUGACGCUGCCUCUUAUCUUUCUCAGACAACUUCAUUAUUUACACGCUGUUUCACUGAUUAUUCUGUAGAACCUUCUUCUAGUGAUUCAGAGGUUUCCAAUGGACAUGCUCAGGAAAUGGUGACCUUUUGGUCUCGGCCAACUUUCGCCUCCCUUGCUACAUCUAGCGAUGAUGUGUCUUCUAGUGGAUACCAUUCAGCGUCUGCAGAGUCAUCUAGUUCUGCAACUGAUGCUCCCUCUGUAGUUGAUGGAACAGUGAGAAGUUCUUCAGGAGAUUCAUCAGGAAACUCUAGUGCCAUCAUCAAAUCUACCAAUGGUGGCCAAAGUGGCAUUCCUUUAUUUCAAGGCCUUAUUGAUCGAGUUCGAAAAACUGUGCGUGGGUCGGCAGAUGAUAUAGGAUGGCUACAGCGUGAUCCGACAAUGCCCCCUGUUGAAGACGGCACUGAAAGGUUCAUGGAGAUUUUGGGGGAUAUCAGGCAUGGUGUUCACAGAUUGCCAAACUCAAUGGUUUGUUUGUUGGUUCCAGGUCUUUUCAGCAACCAUGGACCACUAUAUUUUGUAAAUACAAAAACGAGUUUAUCAAAACUGGGUCUGGUGUGCCAUAUAGCCAAGAUUCAUAGUGAGGCUUCAGUUGAAAAAAAUGCUCGAGAGAUAAAAGAAUACAUUGAGGAAUUCUAUUGGGGUUCCAAAAAACGUGUCUUGCUUCUGGGACAUAGCAAAGGGGGAAUAGAUGCAGCAGCUGCUCUAUCGUUGUAUUGGCCUGAUUUGAAAGAUAAGGUUGCCGGUUUGGCGUUAGCACAGAGUCCAUAUGGUGGUAGCCCAAUAGCUACAGAUAUCUUGCGAGAGGGACAGCUUGGUGAUUAUGUGAACUUGCGAAAGCUAAUGGAGAUUGUGAUCUGUAAAGUGAUUAAGGGUGAUUUACAAGCCCUGGAAGAUUUGACUUAUGAGAAAAGAAGAGAAUUUAUAAGGAAACACCCGUUGCCAAAGGACCUCCCGGUUGUUUCAUGCCACACUGAAGCUCCCAUUUCUCCUGCUGUUUUAGCUACAUUAUCUCGUGUAGCGCAUGCCGAGCUACCUGCCGCUCUUUCUGCAGGCCAAGCAGCAAAACUUCCAGUGGUAGUGCCCCUUGGUGCAGCUAUGGCUGCCUGUGCACAGCUUCUUCAGGUCAGAUAUGGCAAGAAGAGUGAUGGACUUGUCACAUGCUGCGAUGCAGAAGUUCCUGGAUCCAUUGUUGUGCGUCCAAAGCGUAAAUUAGACCAUGCCUGGAUGGUAUACUCGUCACUGUCAGAUGACCCUUCCGAAGCAGAUGCUUCUCAAGUGUGUGAAGCUCUUUUGACAUUGCUUGUCGAAGUUGGGCAGAAUAAGAGACACGAUAAUGGGACGAAAGAUGAAUGAGGCCAAUGACCUUUGCGUUUCAUCUCUCGUUGUUAUUUGUUCGUUGUAAUAUGGUAUUUUAUAUCCUUUACAGGGUAUGGUGCUCAUUUUUUGUAUAUACUUGUGCUCCUCUCCGUCUUAUUCUUUUGAUUCAAUUGUAGGAAAGUUGUGUAACUGUUGGGCAUGGACAUGGAAACACAAUACAGUAUAAGCGCAAGCUCACUUGAUUA